AACCUCUUCUCUGUAGUUACCUCCAACGGUUCUCAUUUCUUGAAACACGAAAAAUGCCACCGCGACGGAGAAAUUCAAGAUCAUCAGCACCGGUGGUCGAUAAGAUAAGCACUUUACCGGACGAUAUUCUUCGCCGUAUUCUCUCUUUCCUCACCACCAAAGAAGCUGUUUCCACAAUCAUUCUAUCAAAGAGGUGGACUCAUCUCUGCCACCAUGUUCCCAAUCUCCGCUUCACCAACAUCAAACUCAACUCCGUUCAAUCAAUUCUCCGUUUUAACCAAUCUGUAUACUCCGUUUUGCUCUCUCGACAACUCUCCGGUUCCAAUUCCAUCAACGAUUUCCACCUCCACAUUCAAUACGGUAACCCUAAUCAUGGCCAUAUCCACGGUUUUCCUCAUGUCAUAAAAUGGAUCAAAUUCUUUGUUCAACGCGGCCUUCAGUAUCUUCAUCUCGAUAUCGGCACCGAUGUUUACACCAACUCCAAGUUUCCUAUUAGCAUCUUCACAUACACAACCCUUGUAAGUCUUAACCUGUGUGGAUUCUAUAUCAAGUUUUCUUCAAAUGGAUUUCAAUUUCCAUCACUCAAAACACUUCAUUUGAUGACUGUCACGUUUUCGGAAGUUAAAGAUUUUGUCUUGCUUAUAGCUGGAUGUCCAAUUCUUGAGGAUCUUGAUGUGUUAGGUUUAACCUGCAACCAUAAAGAUUCUCUUACCAUUCAAGAGUAUAAAAGCUUACGCUUUCCGAGAUUGACUAGAGCAAGUAUAAGGGAAAUAUUUUGUGAUUUUCCAGCGAAAACAAUUUCUAAUUCGGAGUUUCUUAGCAUAGAUACAAUAAUGUAUUCAGAUGAUGAGCUGAAUCGGCUGAAGCUCCCUUGUGAUGACAUUUAUAUCUUUCAUAAUUUGACCCAUUUGGAGAUCCAAGAUUGUUGGGAUACGAUGUUACAACUUUUCCACCUAUGCCCUAAGCUUCAAAGUCUCAAACUUGGUCAGAAGUAUAACGCGGCAAUGUGGGAUGAAGAUGAUGAUGAUAGUUAUGUGGUACCAGAACCAGAAUUUGUUCCACAAUGCCUUUUAUCAUACUUUAGAACUUGCACUAUUGAGGACUUUUUAAGCCGAAAAUAUGAGAUUCAUUUGGCAGAAUAUAUUUUGAGAAAUGCCAAGAAUUUACAGGCUAUGACAAUCCGGUGCUAUUGGGGAAUGCCAAAAUUAGAAAAAUAUUUGUCCCAGUGCCCGAAGGCCUCAGCAACAUGUGAACUUUCAGUUUAUAUUGAAUGAUAUAACAUACAGACUAUAUUUGGGACUCUGGAAAGAGUUGAGUCUUUCUUUGUGGUUACUUGAAAGGUGAAAGAUAGAUUCGAGGAUUCAGCACUGAAGGGUGAUUUUAGAUAUUUUGUCAAAAUCUUAAGGCAUGAAAAUACAUUUCAUAUGAGCUGAACUGCAGCACCGAUCAGAAACACCAUAUAUAAUGCCCAAUUUCAUGGAUUUCUAAUGUUAUGCAGAUAUUUUGAUCUUACUGGCUACAGGUGAUGACAUGAUUGGUAUUUUCUUAAGAGACUGAGAUAUUAAAAGCAAUACAUAUUUUGAAUUACUAAAUCAGUGUUAUGAUUUUUUUUCUUCUUCAUAGUUUUUAGUGGUUAUUUUGGGCUUUAUUCCCUUGUAUUCACAUAGAAAAAUAUUGUUAGUCUUUGCCAAAAUUAUUUUCAGGAUUGCAUUGAUCAACUAUACAUACUAAGUCAAUGGAACAAAAACUUUUCUUCUUGUUUA